AUGUUAGUACGCUGGAAACCUGAUGGGUCGGACACUUAUGUCAGGAUGUACAAUGGAGUCAUUGCAAGAUUACAGCUUCAGUUUGCAAAGACGGCGAGAGGACAAGAUCGCCACAAGACUUUGGAGGAGAGAGACAUUGUUGAGAGUGCAAUGUCAUGGAUUUCAGAAAGGUGUGAAAACUUGCCGGAGGAAGGAAUUGACCUGAUCCUUCAACAUUUUGAAGCAUCUUUGACCUCGCCCAUACUGGCGGACUGGACUGAAGUAGGUGACACGGAACAUGUGGAGACAGUGCAUGAAGAAACUUUGACUGGGUUUGCAAACACAGAAUGUAAGGCAGCAGAUUCGAGCAAUGUUACAAAGGAGAAAUGUGAACCAAUGUUUGUCGUGGUCAACAGUGGAAAGAAGUGCAAACGUUUGCAUAAAAGCCGUGGUGGUUGCUGGAUGGGAAGAGAGAUGAGUUUCAAGUCAGCUACAGAGUAUUUCACCAUGCCUGAGGCAGCGCUCGAUAGCAUGGCCUCUCAAGAGGAGAUUGGUCUGCAGGAAGCGUUGAAAAGGGGCAGUUCAGACCUGAAGUUCAUCCUUACGAGGCGUCAAAAGAGACAGGCGGAGGUAGAGGCUGAAAUGGAGACUCAUGAAUGGACAAAACCCAUUCCGACUGGAGACUAUAUCAACAUGCGAAACGCCUACAUGAAGGUGCAUGGAAGGUUGGAAGAUAAGGUGACUCCAUCAAAGGAGUACUUAGAGAAGAAGCUGCAGGAGUUGGAGAAUGGGGAGUUCAGGGCCGAGACAAUGGCCGAAGUGGUUUCGAAGGACGAGGUGGAUCCUGACUUUGAUGAUACCAGUGUUUGA